AUUAUUAUCCCCGCUUUACUGAUUAAAACACUGGCACUUAAAGAGGUUGACAUCCUUGUCCCAAAGCACACAGCGGAGCCGGGCUUUACCUAGCCAGGGCUCCAGGGCUCUGAGAGUCAAGAGGCGAGAAAAACUGCGUUGUGCUCUCCGCCCAUAGGUGGAGCAGUUUGCGAAACCUGGGGGCGCCGCUGCAAGCUUUCAGCGAGAGAGGAGGGAGCAGUGGAGGGGCCCUUGGCACCUUCCCAGCCUGCGCCCAGAUGCUGCGAGCCCUGACCAGUGCCCUGCGCCUUCCACGCCCCUGGAGACCCCUUCAGACCCGCAGCUGCGCCUCCGAUGGGGCGGCUGGGGACCCGGAGAUCCAAGUGCGCGCCCUGGCAGGUCCAGACCAAGGAAUCACGGAGAUCCUGAUGAACAGACCAAGUGCCCGUAAUGCCCUGGGGAAUGUCUUGGUCAGUGAGCUUCUGGAAGCUCUGGCCCGGCUGCGGGAGGACCAGCAAGUACGCGUUCUGCUAUUCAGAAGUGGAGUGAAGGGUGUGUUCUGUGCAGGUGCAGACCUGAAGGAGCGGGAGCAGAUGAGUGAGGCGGAAGUGGGGAUCUUUGUCCAGCGGCUCCGAGGCCUGAUGAAUGAGAUUGCAGCCUUCCCGGCACCCACUAUUGCGGCUAUGGACGGGUUUGCCUUGGGUGGAGGCCUGGAACUUGCCCUGGCCUGUGAUCUCCGAGUAGCAGGUACUGGGCAGAAGAAGAGGUGGGACAGGGUGAGAAGGGAAGAAGUAAAGCAGGGUAAGUCUGGAGAUUCUGCAAAGUUAGCCACUGCUCUGAGCUUUCCAAUCAACAGCAAAAUUAAAUGUAACGUGAGAGAUACAGAGCAAGUUUGGGGGAAACUGGUUUCCCUCCUGGCCCAGCCACUGACUGCUAUAGUACCUUUUACUCUUCAGAACCAGCCUCCUUCACCUCAGGAAUGCUUCUACCAACCCCACAGCAGUUGGCGAGAGGACAAUCAACAAAAACGCAGGGAGGGGAGACUGAGGAAAAGAUUAAUUGUUCAACUUUCCGGUUCUAUGCAAGCCAGAUUUAUUUGUCAUGUUUUGCACAAAGAACCAUGGGGGCAGUUUGUCACCAGCCCAGUUAAUCACAAACAUGCCUGGGCAGAAACACUGCCCUCUGGUUCACUGGUACCAGGCAAGUGUUGCAAUACUUGUUCAGAGCGGUUGAGUUUGAAGAGUGGAGGGAGGGGAUGAAAAAGAUGAUUGCCUUUAACCUUACAGACUUGCUGGUUAGUGUGCCCUUCUUGGCAGAAAGUCUGAGUGCUAUCUGGUGCUACUCUCUUCCUUUCACUGCUUUUUCCUGCCACUCCAGGUAGAACAUUUAGAAAUGUGUAACUCCAGGCACAGGUAGCAUCUACAUGAUGCAUAUCAAAGAGAAGGUAUCAAAUUACCAAGUCAGAUCAUAGCUCCAACUCUGUUUCUCAUGUGCCCAUGUUUAGGGCAACUAACUUGCAGGGUUUGGGUAGAUGGCAGAGAGUGACUAUAAAACCCCUCAUAGGCAGGAGUAUUGGCCAUUCCCUGCUGCCAGACUGCAUGGUUCAGAUGGUCCAUGAGGGAAUUCAGGAGAAGCCUGUGGGGUGGGACACACAAGGGAGCUCCUUAGAGGAAGUAGAACUCAAAAGGAGAAGUGGACUGAAACAUGGGAAUUUUCAGGCUGAUGAAAAGCUGGGAGGAAUAACUGUGGUGUGAGCGUAAGUCAUGAUACUAUAGGCCAGGCCAGAGCUAAGGGUCCAUGAGACAGAGAAUCCAUUAACCCACAAAUAGGCACUGGGGGGUCCCAAGAACCCCUUCCUUGUUACAAGCACCAGUACCUCGUUUGAUCCUUAGCAGCUCUCUGACGAUGGCAGAAGAGUAACCAUAUUUUUUCCACCUAUGAAUGAGGCUCAGAAAGGGUGAGAUUUGCUUGGAUGCAUACCUCCACCACCAGAGGAGGCAGGAUGAGGGCCUAGGCCUCCUGACUUCUAUGUUAGGGCUCUUGCCAAGGCAGAGUCUGGGGAGGUCUGCUGCGGCCAGCCCAUGACAGAAGUGGUUGGCUGGAGGGGUGAGCCUAGGGGCAGAGGACUCUUCUCUCUGGGGACUGGCACUGCAGGACAGCAUGGGUGCUUCACUCCGUUCUGUUUAAGCAGCUUCCUCGGCUGUCAUGGGGCUGAUUGAGACCACCCGAGGGCUCCUCCCAGGAGCAGGUAACUGUACCCACAGCACCCAUCCUUCUCUAC